AUGGCCGAAUUCAUAUUAGAGACGGAAAACCGUCUUGGACGGGAAACUCGUCUACCGAGGGAAAACUCGUCUUAUAUGAAUCUGGUUAAGGACGAGUUUUCCGUCUUAAAUUUAUCACUGCAAAGCAGCCAAAGCGAAAUAAAGUUUGGAUCUUCUAUAGCAUUCAGUAUAAAAUUAAAGGUAUCGCGAUUUACCCUUAACCUUCUUUUAAACUGUUCGUUUGUGCAGUUGUGAUAUCCAUGCUCCCACCAUAGGCAAUCCGUCUCUGCUCCACGGGACCUUUUCCGUUUCGCUCUGUCUAGAUGAGUAUACUACACCGGCUGCAAUAUUUUGAACUGAAUUCUCCUCCUCAAGUAAAAUUUUUUUCAUGCUUUAGAACCACCAUCUCUCCUUCUUACAUUGGUCGCGAUUUUUAGACGAUUUCCCGCCCUUAAAUUUAUAUUAGACAGUAUUCCCACCCGUUGUCGCAUCCAUAGCCCAUCAUAGUAGUACCAUAGCAACUACUACAAACCCAUGGAACAGCCAUGGGAACGAAAUGGCCGUUGCUUUUGCAAACAUCGUCAUGGCCAGAAAAGAAAAUCAAAUAUUGAGUCAGAGUUGCAUCAAACCGCUUUUUGGAAAAGGUAUAUUGACGAUUUGUUGUCACUAUUGGACAAGUCUAGACAACAAAAAGAGAGCCCUGUGGAAAAGGCAAAUGACUUUCUCUCUACAAUAAAAUUAACGGCUGAGAUGUCAGAAGCAGAGAUCUCGUUCUUGGACACUAAAGUGUACAAAGGGGUUAAAUUCGACGAGGAAUCAAUCCUAGACGGGCAAACACAUUACAAACCAACAGAAACCUUCGAGUACAUGAACUUCUACUCGUGUUACCCACCAGACGUGAAAAAAGGCUUCAUUAGAGGCAUGUUAAAGGAGAAGCGCUCAGGCUGCUAA